AUGGCGUCUCAGCCGAAUUCAUCUGCGAAGAAGAAAGAUGAAAAGGGGAAGAACAUCCAGGUGGUGGUGAGAUGCAGACCAUUUAAUUUGGCAGAGCGGAAAGCUAACGCCCAUCCGGUUGUAGACUGUGAUCAUGUGCGGAAAGAAGUUAGCGUUCGAACUGGAGGACUGGCGGACAAAAGCUCAAGGAAAACAUACACUUUUGAUAUGGUUUUUGGAGCAAAUACUAAACAAAUUGACGUUUACCGAAGUGUUGUUUGUCCAAUUCUGGAUGAAGUUAUUAUGGGCUAUAAUUGCACUAUUUUUGCAUAUGGCCAAACCGGCACUGGAAAAACCUUUACAAUGGAAGGUGAAAGGUCCCCUAAUGAAGAGUAUACUUGGGAGGAGGAUCCUUUGGCUGGUAUAAUUCCACGUACUCUUCAUCAAAUUUUUGAGAAACUUACUGAUAAUGGUACUGAAUUUUCAGUGAAAGUGUCGCUAUUGGAAAUCUAUAAUGAAGAGCUCUUUGAUCUCCUUAAUCCGUCUUCUGAUGUUUCUGAGAGACUGCAGAUGUUUGAUGAUCCUCGUAACAAGAGGGGAGUGAUAAUCAAAGGUUUAGAGGAAAUUACAGUACACAACAAGGAUGAAGUCUAUCAAAUUUUGGAGAAGGGGGCAGCGAAAAGGACAACCGCAGCAACUUUGAUGAACGCCUACUCUAGUCGAUCCCACUCAGUUUUCUCUGUUACCAUACAUAUGAAAGAAACUACAGUUGAUGGAGAGGAGCUUGUUAAAAUUGGAAAGUUGAACUUGGUUGAUCUUGCAGGCAGUGAGAACAUUGGCCGUUCUGGAGCAGUUGACAAGAGAGCUCGGGAAGCUGGAAAUAUCAAUCAGUCCCUGUUGACUCUGGGAAGGGUCAUUACUGCUCUCGUAGAAAGAACACCUCAUGUUCCUUAUCGAGAAUCUAAACUGACUAGAAUCCUCCAGGACUCUCUUGGGGGACGUACAAGAACAUCUAUCAUUGCAACAGUUUCUCCUGCCUCUCUCAAUCUGGAGGAAACUCUGAGUACAUUGGAAUAUGCUCAUAGAGCAAAGAACAUACUCAAUAAGCCUGAGGUUAACCAGAAACUCACCAAGAAAGCUCUGAUUAAGGAGUAUACAGAAGAGAUAGAGCGUCUGAAACGGGAUCUUGCUGCAGCCCGUGAAAAAAAUGGAGUGUACAUAUCCGAAGAAAAUUUCAGAGCUAUGAGUGGAAAACUAACUGUUCAAGAGGAACAAAUUGUAGAACUGGUUGAAAAAAUUGCUGCUGUUGAGGAAGAGCUAAAUAGGGUUACAGAAUUGUUUAUGGAUAGUAAAAAUGAACUUAACCAGUGCAAAUCUGACCUGCAAAGUAAGGCACAGGAACUUGAAACCACUCAAAGACAUUUGCAGGAAACUAAAUUACAGCUUGUUGAAGAAGAAUUUAUCACCUCUGCUUUGGAAAGUACUGAGGAGAGACUUCAUGAUGCUGCCAGCAGGUUGCUUAACACAGUUGAAGAAACUACAAAAGAUGUAUUUGGUCUCCAUUCUAAACUGGAUCGUAAGAAGGCAGUUGAUCAGCAUAACGCAGAAGCUCAAGAUGUUUUUGGCAAAAACUUGAAUAGUCUGUUUAAUAACAUGGAAGAGUUAAUUAAGGAUGGCAGCACGAAGCAAAAGGCCAUGCUAGAAGUUCACAAGACCUUGUUUGGUAACCUGCUGACGUCCAGUGUCUCUGCAUUAGACACUAUUACUGCAACAGCACUUGGAUCUCUCACGUCGAUUCCAGAAAACGUGUCUACACUUGUUUCUCAGAUUUCUAAUAUGAUAUUGAAAGAACAGUCGUUAGCAGCAGAAAGUAAAACUGUACUUCAGGAACUGAUUAAUGUACUUAAGACUGACCUCCUCAGUUCACUGGGAACAGUUUUAUCCCCCACUGUGGCAUCUAUACUGGAAAUCAAUAGUCAACUGAAGAAUAUUUUCAAGACUUUGUUGAUUAUGGCUAAUAAGAUAGAAGAUCAGAAGAAGGAAAUGGAUGGCUUUCUUAGUACAUUGUGUAACAAUCUACAUGAACUAAAAGAAAAUACAGUUUCUUCCUUGGCUGAAUCACAGAAGCUGUGUGAAACCUUAACUGAAGACAUGAAGAAAACAAAGAAAAUCCAAUCACAGGAACUUUACCAGUUAAUCAAUCUUUGGGAGGAGAGAUACUGUGAUUUGGAGGAAAAGUGUAAAAACAUCCAGAAACCACUUAGCAGUGUUCAAGAAAAUACAGAGCAGAAAUCUAAAGAUAUAAUUAGCAAAACAACUUCUCACAGUGAAAAAUUUUGUGCUGAUUUUGAUGAUUUGUCAGAGGAACUCAGACAUUUUAACCAAGAAGGUACAAAAUUGGUUGAAGAGUCUAAGAAACACUGUGAUAAACUCAGUAGCAACCUUGAAAUAAUUUCUAAAGAGACCGAACGGAGAUGUGAGGCUCUGAACACGAGCACACUUUGUUUUUCUGAACAGUGGGCAUCUUGGUUAAGUAAAAGGCAAGAGGAACUUCAGAAUUUAUUGAAGGUUGUAAACCAAGGCUGUGAGACUUCAAGUUUAGAGAUUACUGAACAAUUAAGUGGGCAUAAAGCAGCUAAUGAGAACCAGCAAAACUUUUUUCUCAGUCAGAUAACUACUGAUGAAGAAGAACUAGUGACACGAAGUCAAGAACUUAAUAAAACCGUAAGAAUAGGUUUGACUAAGCUUAAUUGCUUUCUACAACAGGAUCUGAAACUGGAUAUCCCAACAGGUACGACCCCACAGAGGAAAAAUUAUGUAUACCCAUCAACACUGGUGAGAACCCAGCCACGUGAACAGCUCCUUGAUCAGUUGAAAAUGAAACAGCCUGAGCUGUUAACAACGCUAAACUGUUCAGAAAACAACAAAGAGACUAGUCAGGACUUGGAUGAAGAAAAUGCGGUUCUGGUGCUCACUGUUGAAGAACCUCUAACUCAGGAACCAUCUGUAGAUACUAGUUUGGAUUGUUCAUCAAGUGGUGGGGUUCCAUUUUUCCAGCAUAAAAAAUCACAUGGAAAAGACAAAGAAAACAGAGGCGCUAAUCCAUUGGAGAAGUCUAAAGUAGAAGAAAUCAUUGAGCAGUCUGUUACGAAGAGCAGAUUACCUCUACGAGCCCAGAACAACGUUUAG